AUGGACGUCUUCUGGACCCUCCCGCCCGUCUCAAGGACAAUCACCGCUCUAGCAGUAUCUGUGUCGGCGCUGGGCUACGGAGGCAUCAUUAGUUUGAGCAAUUAUGUCUUCUUUAAGCCCUUCGUCUUCACUACGAAGAUCGUCCCGCAGCUGUGGCGCCCGCUCACGGCGUUCCUCAUCACGAAGCCCAAGUUCGGCAUCCUCAUGGACCCGUACUUCUGCUACCAGUAUGGCAGCGGGCUGGAGCGCGAGUCGGCGCGGUUCACGCAGCCGGGCGAUUUCGCCGUGUACACGGCGUUUUGCGCGUCGUUUAUUAUUGCAACAGCAGGCGGCUUCCUAAACAGCUACACCUUCCUCCCCGCCCUCACCCAAUCCUACGCAUACACCUUCGCGCAAGACAACCCCACCCGCCAAGUCAACUUCUUCAUCAUCAACUUCGACGCCAAAUUCCUGCCCUUUGCGCUCCUCUUCAUGACCUUCAUCGUCGACGGACCAGACUCAGCUGCCGCUCAGCUCACGGGCCUGCUUGCGGCGCACUUGUACGACUUCCUUACGAGGAUAUGGCCGACGUUUGGUGGCGGAAAGAACUACAUUGUCACACCCAACUUUGUCAAGAGGCUGUUCAAUGCUGGUGUGGGGUCAGGCGCGCGCGAGUGGAGCUGCGACUGGAGGGCCUUCUGCGGCGGCGGGGGUGAGCAAUAG